ACCACAACCACUCCUACCCUUUCGUUUUCGUUGCCUUCGGCCGCGAACACCAUCUCAACGUCAGCUCCGGUUCAGACAAUCGGCACAACAACUGGUUUCGGAGGAUUAAGUCAACCCAUUGUUAGCACCGGAGUAUCGGCCGCACCAUCCUUUGGGUUCGGCGCUCCCGGUGUAACCUCUGCUGCAGCCGCGCCAUCGUUUUCAUUUCCUUCGGCCACAACCACAGCCACUGUUCAGCCGAUGCCUACACUGACUGCGCCGGCCGUCGCUUCCACAGCGAGCGCAUUGUCUUCAGCGCCGACUUUUAACUUCACUCAAUCGACACCAACGCCCACAUCAACGCCCGCUUUCGGUUUGGCCACCCCUUCGACCACAACCGCUCCCACCACUACAUCUGUCGCGUCAUUUGGUCUUAACCUAAGCGCUCCUACAAUGACGACCAGCGCUACUCUCGGAGCGACACAACCGCUAACAACUGCCGCCACAACUCUUGCUCUAAAGACCACUACAUUCUCAGUACAACCGACGACUACAGUAACGACAGCGCAAUCUAUAGCUACAGUCACACCAAACCGAAUGACUUUCCGUCAACUCGAGGAUCAAAUCAAUUUAUGGCUCAACGAAUUGAACCAAUUGGAGGCCGAGUUUCAUAUUCAGGCCCAGACUAUCAAUUCCUGGGAUUCAUUGCUUAUCAAUAAUGGGCUUAAAAUCACACAAANUAGGAAUGACUUUCCGUCAACUCGAGGAUCAAAUCAAUUUAUGGCUCAACGAAUUGAACCAAUUGGAGGCCGAGCCCAGACUAUCAAUUCCUGGGAUUCAUUGCUUAUCAAUAAUGGGCUUAAAAUCACACAAAUCAAUGAGACGUUGGAGAAGUUGAGGACAGAUCACACACGACUCGACCAUCAGUUGGACUUCAUUAUAGCCCAACAGAACGAAUUGGAACAGCUCUUAGCGCCCAUCGAGUCCAACAAAAUGGAGUUAAGCAGUAAUAACGCGGUGAACACCGAAAGAGAGUUCACAUACUCUUUGGUCGAAACGGUUCACAACGAUCUCAAUGGCAUCGGAACCGACUUAAAGAGUUUCAUUAAAAAAUUGAAUGAAAUGCGAGCCAAUCAGGACUCGAGCGACCCUUUGGGACAAAUCGGCAAAAUAUUGAAUUCACAUAUGGAUGCGCUUCAAUGGAUUGAAAACCAAAUUAAAAGCAUUAAAAUAACCACUAAUUAGUAC